AUGGUGGCAACAAAAUCAAAUGCGGGUGUUAACACUGGCCCCACAACACAAGGUGUCAGCAACAACAAUAAUGCAGGAGCUGUUAGCAGCAGCAGUGCUGCUGUCGCUGUUGGCGAUACUGAGAAAACAACUAAAGCACAUGCCAAUACGGUUUUGUUGAAAUCAGUUUCAGCCUUUUUGGCAAGCAAUAAACGUAAUUCUAGCAAUCAAUCGAGGACAUCGGAAGUUUCAUUGAAAACGAGUCGACGCUUGAAAAAGGAAAAAAUGGAUGAAUUAAGUGGGAAAAUAAAUCCAAAAUUGUUGGAACAAUUGCGAAAGAAAACCAGAUUUAAUAAAGAUGAACUGGAUGCUUUAUGUCGUAUUUACCGCAAAUUGGUAUCAAAUUGUCAAUAUGCUACAAAAACACUAGCUUCAGGACCAUCGGGAGCAGCCAUAGCCAAGCCACAAACACAAGAGGGUAUCGAUCGUAUAGUAUUUCGUGAACUAUUACACAGCACCUUUGACAUUGUCACCGAGGAGAUUCUAAUGGAGCGCAUCUUCUGUAGCUGGGAUAAGGCACACGAAGGUCUACCAUUGCGCUUAGAGGGUUGGCUCGUUGGCUUAUCGGUAUUUCUGCGUGGUUCACCCAGUGAACGGGCAGCAUUUUGUUUUCGUGUUUACGAUUUAAACGGUGAUGGUUUCAUAACCAAAGACGAAAUGUUUACUUUGCUAAGGAAUUGCCUGAUAAAACAGCCACAAGACGAGGAUCCCGAUGAGGGUGUAAAGGAUUUGGUGGAAAUUGUAUUGCGUAAAUUUGAUCUUGACAAAGAUGGCAAGGUUUCCUUAGAUGAUUUUAUGCGCACCGUUGCAGCCCAACCUUUAUUAAUAGAAGCCUUUGGCCAGUGUCUUCCCACAGAAAGUGCUACUAUAUCAUUUUUUUCGACUUUACAAGUUUAAUUUAAAAU